AUGUGGCAAGAUAAUGAAGUUCGAUUUGAUGUUUCAUACACUCAUAUGCAGCUACGACUGGGAGAAUUUACUGUUGAUAAACUUGAUUUAAUAGAAGAUACAAAAGGAAAUGUAGGUGAUAAUGGAAGACUUAUAAUUACUAACCUCAGACUUAUAUGGCACUCUUUACUUCUUCCGCGAGUUAACCUAAGUAUUGGCUAUAAUACCUUGGUAACAGUGAACUUUAAAACUAUACAUGGUUUACAAGGAAGACAUGUGCAAGCUCUACAUAUUUUAGCUUCCUUUCGAAACUGCAGAUAUGAAUUUGUAUUCACAAAUAAAGAUUUAAAGAGUACAAGACAUUAUACAUCUGUUAUUGGUAUUUACAGAGCGUAUAUUUCAUCUAAGAUUUACCGAGAAAUUAAGUUGAGAAGUGGAGUAAUUAAUGAUAGACAAUUGGUUGUACUACCACAAGAAACAGUUCAUUCAACAGUGCAAGAUAUUUGGAAUUUAUCAUUAGAACAGGGAAAUAUUGGAACUUUAAUUGUAACAAAUAUACGAUUAGUAUGGUUUGCUGAUAUGAAUUAUCAAUUCAAUAUAUCAAUUCCUUAUCUUAUAAUAGCAAAUAUUACUAUUAAGGAUUCAAAAUUUGGCCCAUCUUUAGUUAUUGCAAGUACAGAAACUAGUGGAGGUUAUAUAUUAGGAUUUCGAGUUAAUCCUAUUCAAAAACUUCAUACCCUUUAUAAGGAAAUAUUAAUGAUACUGAAAACAUUCGAAAAAUGUCCCGUCUUUGGUAUAGAUUAUACAUUUGAACACCAGGCUGCAUUACAACAAGAAUCAAAUGUGGAACAACAUUCUGAGAUCCAAGACAAUCAAAUUGAAAUUUCAAAUGUGUUUGGUUACUACUUUUCUGAAGGAUCAAAUCAAAGAAAACCUAGUUUAUCAACUUACUUAGGUGUUGCAGCAGAAAAACCUCGAGAAACUAGUACACUGCCAAGUUUAUGGGAACUUGUGUCUCAGUCUUAA